AUGGACUCACGAGAAAGGUGUUUACUUCUCAUUGAGCUUUACAGGGACAUCGUGAACUGUUUUUCAAAUUCAGCGAUAAAGCGCCAUGAAGUGUGGCGCAAAAUCGCCUCACAAAUUCAGGCGAAGGGCCACCAUGUCACAGGUGAUAUGUGUGACAAGAAAUUUAGAUCGCUGCGAAACAGGUAUAAAAUUAUUGCUGAUGGGAAUCAGUCAUCUGGAAGAGGGAGAAGGAGGUGGGAGUAUUUUGAUCUUUUAGAAGACCUAUUCACUGGAGACCCAGCUGUUCAGCCACUGUCGAUUGUCGAGACGCUGACAGGAAUCCAAAUGAGACCGACUAUGCCACAAAAGGCACUGGGCCCAUUGUCAUUGGCGGCACCGUCCACAUCAACAUCAACAUUCACCGCACAGUCCCCAUCAACUCCCGCAUCUCCAUCAGCAUCGACUGCACAGUCCACAUCAGCCAAGUCCCCAAACCCUGAUUUCUUGGACAGAAGGAGCAAGAAACGGAAAAGAACUGUGGCAGGACCACCACAGUGGUUUUUAGACUAUACUCAGAAGCAAAAAGAAGAAAUGGGCAAAUUAAGACAGGAAUUUCAGGAGAAAAACCUAAUCAUGAAAGAGAAGAACAAUCUUCUGAAGCACAAAAUUGAUCUCCUGGACAAACACUUGGCUGACCAAACAAAGCUCUUCCAAGAAAAAAAUGAUCUCCUUAAGAGCUACAUAAACAAGCUACAUGCACCACCCAGUCCUGGCAGUUCAGAAUAAAAAAAUGAAAAAGCA